AUGUGGGAGGACUUUGUGGAUUGUUAUCGCCCUGCAGGACCCUUCGCAACUUCCUCCCGCCGCCCACAGCAGAACACGGAAACCCUGCUGUAUCAAGCCACUUCUGCAAUUACACACAGUUGCAGUUCAAGGGGUCUUUCCGUUUGUGUCACACCCUCUGUUUUCAGACAUUGUCUGCAUUUGAAAAAUGUGUCUUUUGAGGAGGAAUGCCCAGCUGACUUCUCUUCUCUUCUCUCUCUCUGCUGCCGGGCAGUGCUCCAGUUGAAGCUCCAGCAGCGCCGGACCCGGGAGGAACUAGUGAGCCAAGGGAUCAUGCCACCUUUGAAAAGUCCUGCUGCGUUUCAUGAGCAGAGGCGGAGCCUGGAGCGGGCCCGGACCGAGGACUAUCUGAAGCGGAAGAUCCGCUCGCGGCCGGAGCGGUCAGAGCUGGUCAGGAUGCACAUUCUGGAAGAGACCUCGGCUGAGCCAUCCCUCCAGGCCAAGCAACUGAAGCUAAAGAGAGCCAGACUAGCUGAUGACCUCAACGAGAAGAUCGCCCAGCGGCCGGGCCCCAUGGAGCUGGUGGAGAAGAACAUUCUCCCUGUGGAGUCCAGCCUGAAGGAAGCCAUCAUUGUGGGCCAGGUGAAUUACCCGAAGGUCACAGACAGCUCUUCCUUCGACGAGGACAGCAGCGACGCCUUGUCCCCCGAGCAGCCUGCCAGCCAGGAGUCGCAGAGCUCCGUGCCAUCACCCCUGGAGGCUCGGGUCAGCGAGCCCCUGCCCAGUGCCACUUCCCUGUCCCCCGCUCAGGUUCCCCCUCCACUCCCGGUGGGCACGGAUUGUGGAGAAGCGCUCUUCCUGGCGGAGCCGCCGCCUCUGCCGCCCCGGCCGCCCAGCCUCACCAACGGGACGGCUGUCCCCAGCGCCAAGCCCGCCCCCACGCUCAUUAAGCAAAGCCAACCCAAGUCUGCCAGCGAGAAGUCGCAGCGCAGCAAGAAAGCCAAGGAGCUGAAGCCCAAGGUGAAGAAGCUCAAGUACCACCAGUACAUCCCCCCCGACCAGAAGCCCGACAAGGGCGCGCCCGCCAUGGACUCCUCCUACGCCAAGAUCCUGCAGCAGCAGCAGCUCUUCCUGCAGCUGCAGAUCCUCAACCAGCAGCAGCAGCAGCAGCACUACAACUACCAGGCCAUCCUGCCCGCCCCGCCCAAGCCCGCGGGGGAGCCCCUGGGAGCCAGCGUGCCCCCGCCAGCCCGUGCCCUCUCCAGCACCGCGAGCAGCUCCAGUUCGGGGACUCCAGGGCCCGGGGGGCUGGCGCGUCAGAACAGCACCCCGCUGCCCGGCAAGCCGGGGAGCCUGCCAGCCAACCUGGACGACAUGAAGGUGGCGGAGCUGAAGCAGGAGCUGAAGCUGCGGUCCCUGCCCGUGUCGGGCACCAAGACGGAGCUGAUCGAGCGCCUGCGCGCCUACCAAGACCAAGCCGCCGCCGCCAAGGCCGCCGCGCCCGCCCCGGUCCUGCCCGCGGCCGGGGAGGUGGUGGUGGCCUUCCCCGCCGCCCGGCUCGGCUCCGGGCCCGCCCUCGUGGCCGCGGGCCUGGCCCCCGCCGAGGUGGUGGUGGCCACGGUGAGCAGCAACGGCGUGGUGAAGUUCGGCAGCACGGGCUCCACGCCGCCCGUGUCCCCCACGCCCUCGGAGCGCUCGCUGCUGAGCGCGGGGGACGAGAGCUCCACGCCGGGAGACGCGUUCGGCGAGCUGGUGACCUCGCCCCGCGCCCAGCUCGCCCUGCAGGCGUCGCCCGCGCAGGUCCCGGUGAAGGAGGAGCCCGAGGGGCGCGACAAGGACCAGAUGCUGCAGGAGAAGGACAAGCAGAUCGAGGAGCUGACGCGCAUGCUGCGCCAGAAGCAGCAGCUGGUGGAGCUGCUGCGCCUGCAGCUGGAGCAGGAGAAGCGCGCGCAGCAGCCGGCCGCCGCCCGGGCCCCGCCCCCCGCCGCCGCGGCCCCGCCCCCCGCCGCCCGGGCCCCGCCCCCCGCCGCCGCGGCCCCGCCCACCGUGAAGCAGGAGGGCGGCUUCCCCAGCUGCCCGCUGAGCCGCCCGCCCCCGGGGCCCGCGCACCCCUUCAGCCCCAGCCUGGCGGCGCCCACGGCCGGCCACGGAGACGCGCAGGCCGUGGUGGUGAAGCAGGAGGCCGGCCUGCCGGAGCCCGCCCAGGCUCCGGGGCCCCCGCUGCUCCUGGGCCCCCAGGGCGGCGGCCUCCUCCCAGGGGUCACCCCUCCGGCCAUCCUCACCGACGCCUCGGGGACCCACCUCAUCCUCACUGUGACCAACAAGACCGCCGACAGCCCCAGCCUGCCCGGCGGGAGCCCCUGCCAGCCCCUGUCGCAGCCCGGCUCUCCGGCCCCCGGCCCCUCUGCCCCGAUGGACCUGGAGCGCCCUCCUCAGCCUCCCUUUGGCGCCCCCACUUCCCUGCUGAAGAAGGAGCCACCUGGCUAUGAGGAGGCCGUGACCCAGCACCCCAAACAUCAGGAGAACGGCUCCUGCAGCCAGCAGAUGGACGACCUGUUUGACAUCCUGAUCCAGAGCGGAGAAAUCUCAGCAGAUUUUAAGGAGCCCCCGUCGCUUCCCGGGACGAAGUCGCCCCUGACGGUCCAGGCCUCGCCGUGCCAGCAGCUCCCGCAGGCCGCCCUGCCCCCGCCGGGCUCCCCCGCCCUCCCCGGGCGCCUGGAGGACUUCCUGGAGAGCAGCACCGGGCUGCCCCUGCUGAGCGCCGGGCACGAGGGCGCGGAGCCCCUCCCGCUCAUCGACGACCUCCACAGCCAGAUGCUGAGCAGCCCCGCCAUCCUGGACCACCCCCCCUCCCCCAUGGACACCUCCGACUUGCACUUUGCCGCCGAGCCCGGCAGCGGCCUGGGCCUGGACCUGGCCGACGGCCACCUGGACAGCAUGGACUGGCUGGAGCUGUCCUCGGGCGGCCCCGUGCUCAGCCUGGCGCCCCUCGGCCCCGCCGCCCCCAGCCUCUUCUCCACGGACUUCCUCGACGGCCACGACCUGCAGCUGCACUGGGAUUCCUGCUUGUAGCCCCGACUCCCUCCGGACGGGGCGCGGCGGGGUGCUGACAAUCCCGCGGGCGGGGCGGAGGAGGAGCCCGCCCCCCCCCCCCCCCAGGGCCUGGCCAGGGCCAGCUUAAUUCGACCUCCUUUUCUGAGGUCAGAGGUGCACGUCUGGCCGCGGAGGGCCCGCUCCCCUCUGCUGGGGGACCCCCCCAAGGCGGGCCGACCCCCCAAGUCCCGCGGCCUCGUCCGGUGAAGUGUGGCCACAAGCUUGUGCACACCCAACACGCCCGGACGGGGCAGUGAGCCCGGCCCGCCCCUCACGCGUGCUCGACGUGUGGACGGCGCCGAGGGGCGCGGCGCCCCGGCCGCCACGUUCCACCCGCUGCGCAGGGGCCAG